UUAAUAAAGACUGACUACAUGCUUGUCUCCUUCUUUUCCUCAGGCAUCACUCACCCUCCGCCCUCCAUCAGCUCCAACAUGAGCCCAAAAAAUGUGGUUUUCAAGAAGAUUUGCAAUGACAAGUCGGUCGCAGUCUACAUGGGGAGAAGAGACUUUGUGGACCAUGUGGAUUCUGUGGAUCCAGUGGAUGGCGUCAUCCUCAUAGACCAUCAGGCUCUGCAGGGCAGGAAAGUGUUCGUCUCCCUGUGCUGCACCUUUCGAUACGGCAGGGAUGAUAUGAACGUCAUGGGGGUGGCUUUCCGCCGGGAGCUGCACCUGUCCAGCCGGCAGGUUUACCCCCCGCUGCAGGACCGGGAGAGCUCCAUCCACAGCCGGACGCAGGCCAAACUGCUGCGCAAGCUGGGAGACAACGCAUACCCCUUCUUCUUUGAGUUCCCGGACAACCUGCCUUGCUCGGUGGCUCUGCAGCCAGGGCCAAACGAUUCAGGAAAGCAAUGUGCCGUGGAGUUUGAGAUCAAAGCCUUCAGCGUUGAGAACCUGGACACUAAACCCCGCAAACGGAGCACCGUGACGCUGACGAUCCGGAAGGUGCAAUACGCUCCGGACAGCGAGGAGCCGGCGCCAUCUGCGGAAAUCAGCAGGGAGUUCGUCAUGUCGGACAAACCGCUGCACGUCAAGGCCAGCCUGGACAAAGAGAUGUAUUACCACGGCCAGGCUGUCAAAGUGAACGUCAGCAUCACAAAUGACUCGAGCAAACACAUCAAGAGCAUCGUCGUCUCCGUGGAUCAGAUCUCCACCGUGGUGUUGUACUCCAACGACAGCUACGUCAAAUGUGUGGCCCUCGAGGAGCCUGGGGACACGCUGGCUCCAGGAGAGAGUCUGCAGAGAGUCUUCACGCUGCUGCCUCUGCUGGCCAACAACCGCGAGAGGAGGGGCAUCGCUCUGGACGGGAAGCUGAAGCACGAGGACACCAACCUGGCCUCGUCCAGCAUUAUCAAAGAGGGAGUCCUGAAGGAGGUGAUGGGGAUCAUGGUCUCAUACCGAGUCCUGGUGAAGCUCGUCAUCGGAGGGAUGAUGGGAUCGAGUGAGGUCGAUCUGGAAGUUCCCUUCAGACUGAUGCAUUCUAAACCUGACCCAGUGAAGGAGAGUGAGAUGGAGGAGGAGAUGGAGUUCCAAGAGUUCAAGCGCUCCUACCUGAAGGGGAUGAUCGAUGACGACGAGGACGAUGGAAACGUGUCGGCCGGUGACGACAUUGCACCCAAAGAGAAAUAAAGAGACGGAGCUGGCUGAAACAAAAACAGCCGCCCCUCAGAGUUUUAGCCGGAACAAGUCAAGGUUUUAUUCAAGGACCAUUUCUCUGAUUUUGCAUUCUCAGUCACUCAGCGGUACGAAGAGGAUAACAGUCAGAAACCUCUGUUUUAAAGGUUAUGACAACAGCUUCUGGAAAAGGCAGAAUUCAGAGAUUUUCUGAAAAUAAAAUAUUGCAGAUUUCUUUCAGAAUAUUUUUCAGAAUUCUGACUUUUUCUCAGAUUAAAGAACUCUUUUAAACUUUUCAUCACAUCCCAACAUGUUUCCUCAUGUGGCCCUAAUCCUCUUCCGUACCCUUGGGUCGAAAAGCCUCAAAACAGCAGAAAUGACCAUAUAAGGAGAUGUCUACACGUGUAAACACAUAGGAACAUAUUGAUGUACAUUUAAUACCAGAGCCAUUCAAAGAGGCUUUAUCUGAUCUGAUCUGCAAAACCACUGAUGUGGUCUUUAAGUUAUACAUCUUUGGGAUGUAUUAGUACUUCUGUUGUGGUGUAUUAGUACUUCUGUUGUGGUGUAUUAGUACUUCUGUUGUGGUGUAUUAGUACUUCUGUUGUGGUGUAUUAGUACUUCUGUUGUGAUGUAUUAGUACUUCUGUUGUGAUGUAUUAGUACUUCUGUUGUGAUGUAUUAGUACUUCUGUUGUGAUGUAUUAGUACUUCUGUUGUGGUGUAUUAGUACUUCUGUUGUGGUGUAUUAGUACUUCUGUUGUGGUGUAUUAGUACUUCUGUUGUGGUGUAUUAGUACUUCUGUUGUGGUGUAUUAGUGAUGCAGUUACAGAAGAGAUGCUGAAGGCUAGCAACAAGUAGGUGUUGUUGAAUUGUGUUACUUUAUGACUUGAAGUAACACAAUUCAUAAAAAUAAAGUGUAAUAAAAGAAAGUCAAAUGAAA